AUGCGAGACGACAAGGGCUUUCGCAGCCAGACCAGUAUCGAGGAGAAAGAGCGCCCCCUUUCGUGCAAUUGGUGUUCUAGCCUGGGUGUUCGAUCGCUGAUUGUGCCCGAUGAGAAAUUGAUCGGGUCACCUCCACUUGAAGAUGAAAAGGUCGACUUCAACUAUCGACGCACUGAGUCCUCGAAGGAAGUACGGCAGCACAUCAUGUCGGGAUUGCCUAACGCAGAGCUCGCUCGAGAGCAACAGCAGCCAGGAGGACCUCCUGCAUCAUCCGUCCACCCCAAUGCAUACGUGCCCGAUGCAGCGGCGUUGGGAUCAGAGCUACCAGAAGCGCCACGGGACAAGUUCUUCCGCAAGAUGCGCGAGCAGCCACUAGUACCGAUCGGAUCGCUCCUCACCUGCGGAGCACUGAUCGUAGCAUCCAAUCAUCUUCGCUCGGGCAACCGCGAUCAGUUCAACAAAGCCUUGCGAUGGCGUGUCGGCUUUCAAGGUCUCACCGUACUAGCUGCGCUCGUCGGAAGCUUCUACUACGGUCAACAAGCAGCGGCUGCAGUUCCCGCUCCUCCACAAUCCCACGCUGAUGCGCCUUUGCAACAAGGAGCGGUGACGACUUUGCCAGGGAGAGGUGCGACCGUCUGGCAGCAGACGAGAGCGGACGAACGCGCGAGCAAGGGAAGAAGCGAAUUCGAAGGAAGAGUAGGUCAAGCUCUGGAUCGAGAAUUGAAUGACGACAAGAGGUUGGAGGAGGCGCUACUCGGAAAGGAGGAGGAUGUGAGUUUGGAGCAGUUGAAGAGUAGGGUGAGCAAGCCGAGACCGGUCAUUGGACAGGACACGAGGAGGCAAGUCUGA